CCAACUGAUGGGUGGCCAUCAGUUUGGAGUGGGCUGUUGUGACGAGCGGUUGAGUGAAGAGUUCAGUUCAAAUUUGACGAGUUGAAGUUUCCGUUUGAAAACAUUGCCCAAAGUUUGGGUUGCAAUUUUAUUGUUUCUUAUUAAUAAACCAUUAAGGUUUGCGUGACCUUGCUCGUGUCUAGAGAGUGAAAGAAGAUGUUAUUUUGAAGAUCGCACCGUUUUGGUUCGUUGAAGUUUCUGUCUGACUGUCUGGAGUUUAGACUUCAUUUAUAGUGUUAAAUUCUGUUUUGUACACCCGGAGGCACCAGACCGGAAACAAAGGGUAUUUAAAGUCAUCGCGAGGGGAAGCCAGUUUGUAAGGAGAUUUAUUAGUUGGGAUGUUUUAAAGAACUGAAUUAACGACUUAAUUUAAACAAACAUGUGCUGUUAAAAUCAGAAGAAUAUAAGUUAUAAACAAUUAAAAGUGAAUCUUCAUCAAAAAUAGUUUUAUUAUCUCAAGCCAUGAACCGUUGCUGGACUUUGGUCAAGGUUAAUUAGUGAUGGUUUGCUGGUGAUUGCUGCCGCUGUGGAACCCAGAAUCUCUUCCUGGAACGGGUCUUCCAACCUGAAACAAAAGCGAUUUUUUGGUGAUUUUUUUCGCGAGUGAAUUGAAAAAAACUCCCACCCACACACAUUGUGACUCUUCUUCAGCCAGCGAACGAGGAAAUAGCGUUCUAGAAUUGGCAGAGCAGAAUUAAUUCAGCAACAACGAAGAGAAUAAAAAAUCGAGUCAUUCAGUAGAUAAAAUCGAGCAUCAGCCAGAGACGAGCAUCAGCUCAAUGCAGCAUGUCGAACCGGAGUAUUGAGGCUUUUUCAGCGUUGUUGAGCAAUAUCCGCAGCCGCCAUCAACUGUGUUGAUUGAGGAGAGAGAGGCAUGGUCAUGAACCGGAGGAGGAAAGGAUUCAGUAGAUUGGUGAAUCUUGGACUUUUGUUGCUGGUGCUGCUGGUGAGAAAGGAUCACUUUGGAAUAAAUGGACAGAUCCAGGAUGUGACCAUCGUGCUGAGUCAGGGAGCGAUUGUUGGGCUCAAAGUCUUCCCGGAAACCUCGCGCUUCCCGGUGUACACCUACCUCGGCAUCCCGUACGCCAAACCGCCUCUCGAUGAACUGCGCUUCACCCCUCCGGUGCCCACUCCCGGCUGGAACCGGACGCUGUACGCGCGAGACUUUCGACCAAUCUGUCCCCAGCUGGAGAACAACAGCUAUGACGACGUCGACGGCCAGAGUGGGUCGUACCGGCUGCGCGAAACCAGCGAGGACUGUCUGUACCUUAACAUCUGGAUGCCGGAAACGGCCGUCCGGUACGGUGGGUUCCCGGUGUUGGUCAUGGUGACCGGCGAGGAGAUGGCCUUUGAUUGGUCGGUUAAUCGGGCGACUGGUUUGGAUUUGGCGUCGGACGGGAUCAUCGUGGUUACGGUGCAGUAUCGGAGUAACGUGUUUGGGUGGCUUUCGCUGGGGACGAAGUAUGCGCCGGGGAAUCUGGGGUUGUUGGACCAGCAGUUGGCACUGGUUUGGAUCAAGGACAACAUCCAGAAGUUCGGUGGGGAUACCAACCGGAUAACGCUGCUUGGUCAUGGCACUACGGGUGGCCCGAACGUCAUGACCCACAUGGUCAGCCCGAAGGCGCGAGGACUCUUCUCGAAGGCGAUCGUCAUGUCCGGAACGAUCUUCUCACCGUACUCACGGGUCAACACUGACCGCAGUCUGUCGGAGAAGAUCGUCAAAAUAUUGGCCUGUAACUACGAGGUCGGCAAGAACGUGCUGCGUUGCCUACAGCAAAAGAGUGUUCACGACCUGUUGAAAGCUUAUGAGUACGUCUACCAAAAUGGAAACUACACAAUGAUCUUAGGACCAAUUGUGGACGACUACCUGCUCCCAGCGGAUCGAUACGUGAUCGACGAUCCGCGAUCCCUUUUCGCCUCGCGAUCCUUUAUCAUGGAAGAUAUGCCGAUGGUCUUCGGCAUCACCAGCAACGAGGGUGCCUUCAUGCUGAACAAGUGGCAGGACUUUGCUCGCCAGGGACAGGACUACCUACGGCGGUACGUCAAUUCCUCCCUCAUCCCUAACGUGCUCGAGCAGUACGAGUUCAAUGGCGCAGGACAGCAUCAGAUCCGCGAAACCAUAAGCUGGCGCUUCUUCGACCAAAUCCCGGAAUCAACCGCUCACCUCCUGAGCUCGGUCAUCAAACUGACAACCGAAACGCACUACGAGAUCCCGUUCUACAAAACCCUUGAAGUACUCACCUCAACCACCGAGGACCAACGCAGUACCGCGAUCCUCGAAGGUUACGGCGAACAGCAGCGACAGCAGUCCACUGGAGAACCAGGCAAUCUGUACGUCUACCUGUUUCAUCACUCCAAUUCGAUGGAUAUGCGAGGCAAGAUCAACUACUUUGGAGGGGCGUCGCACUCGUCCGAUAUGCCGUUCCUGAUGGGACCGAGUUUGUUCCAGGAGAUUGGCCGGAAGCGGUUGUCCCAGUCGGAGGAUAAGCUGUGCAAGAAGAUUCGGGCGCUGUUUAGCGAUUUCAUUAAGGGAGGUGACCCCACGCCCACCCGCAAGAUCGACGCCUGGACGCCGUACAGCGCGAACCUUCGCUACAUCAAGUUGAUCUCAACGCGCGCCGACAGCGUGUUUCACGAAGACAAACACAGCCUGGAGCACGUGUUCGAGGACAACCUGCGACUGAUCGAGGACAAGCUACUGAACAGCAACCAGGACCAAGCAGAGGGUGGGAACAGGCAGCAGGAGAAUCCUUACCUGUUGGGAAGGAACAAUCUGGACAGCCAGGACCAGGAAGGAUCGCGAUCGUCGAAGAGUGCGGUUUUGGUGGACAAUACGCGGGACUCGGAAUACUUUCACUAUUUGAGGAAGCUGGACGGCUUCUGGCACCGGUUUUUACCAAAACUGAGCGCUAUCAUGAACGCCACCGAUCAGGAACUACUCCGAAAUCGUCGGAUCGAUUUGGCCGCCGAAGAAGAGCAGGAACUCCUGCGGGAAUCCUCGGAAGCAUCCCGGUACAAACACGCCUUCUUCUCAAUGCUAACCCUAGUCUGCAUGCUCCUAGCCGUCCUGGGUGUUUGCGUGUACGUCCUCAAGAAGAGCACCAACAAGAGCUUCACCAGCAUGUUAUGACAUAAGUUCUUCUUCCGGU